AUGGUUGAUAUAGCAAGUAUACCAAAUACAUCUGUGGACCGUGAUGUUGUAUAUUAUCAUGUUGUUAUCAAAUUACCAUUAAGGGCAACCACAGUAUUGAAAAGAUAUUCAGAUUUCCUGAUAUUAAUCCAGAAGCUUAGUAAAGACCUUGGGAUCAAUAUUAAAGACUUUCCAUAUCAAAUUCCCGGGAAAAGUCUGAAAUGGUUUACAUCUAAAGAUGUGAUUAUACAGGAAAGGAAGGAGGGAUUUAUCAAGUUUUUAAAUGAAAUAAUACAAGACAAAGAUCUUCAGAAUCAUCCAUUGAUACAUUCAUUCUUGGAACUCCCAGUGAAUUUUGAAUUCACUGCAUCUGUUUUCAAUAAUCCUCAGAAUGGUACAACUAGUAAAAACAUUCAUGAUUUACAAAUAUCUGAUGUGCGACAAUUGGAUACUAUCAAAUGGUUAGAGUUAUCCAGAAAGUUCAAAUUCCAUAUUCAAGACCUUAUUGAGUCAUAUGAAUCAAAAGGUGCUUCUAUACUGCUGAAAGUCAGUACUCGAGAAAAGAUUAACAAGAUAGUACGACCCAAUUUAUUGAAAUUGGAAGAGGCAUUGAACUAUAAUAUACAGAGAAAACAAAUAGACCAAUUGGAGCGUAAUAAAAGACAGAGCAUAAUGAAGGAAAUCCAUUUUGAACUAACUAGGUUGACUCAAAUGUUAGAAUCUUCUAGUACCUCUAAAAGAGACGAUUUGUUCAAUAAUAACAAUAAUAGCACAAGACGUAUCUUUGGUGGUAAUAACUUACAGAAUAAUGACACGGCACAAGAAACAAACGAUACAUUACCACUAAAUAACACAGAAUUGCUACAACAACAAGUCCAAGUGCACAAACUUCAAGAUCAAGAAUUGGAACAACUACGGAAAAUAAUUCAAAGACAAAAGCAAAUUGGAGAGGUCAUUAACAUUGAAGUUGAAGAACAAAAUGAACUUUUGGAUCAAUUCAAUGAAGAUGUAGAGAAAUCUGCUGAUAAAUUACGAAAUGCUAGAGGUAGAGCUCGUAAGAUAGGCUAA